AUGUCCUCCCAACAACACGAGCCAAAAAUCACCUCCAAGAAUCUUGCCUACUCGAGCGAUCUACCUCCCUUCCUAGCCAAGCUCCGCGGCCAGCACCAACAACAGCGCGACUCCGACACUCCGGACCCUAUCCUAGCAGCGCGACGACGAGCCGCACGGCCGCGGUCCGCCAGCGAGGAGGCCGAGGACGCACCUCUUAUUGUCGACGAAGCGGGGAACACCGUCGCUCUCCCGUCCGGUGCGGACGCGGACGUUUCUGCAGAUGACGACGUAGAUGCAGAUAGUAGGAAUGGUGCCGGCGUAGAUAGUAGGAAAGAGAGGGAGAAAGAGAAAAUCGCUAGUAUUGGGGCAGGCAAAAAACGCAAGGUAGGACGGGUGGUUGGCGGCACUGAUGAGGACGGGGCCGAGGUCGAGGUCGAGAAGCGAAAGCUAUUAAGUAACACUAAAGGUCGAGAGAAGGAAGACAGCUCUUCGGCAAAGAACAGUAAUAAACCCGCCGCUGACGCGAAAUCGGGAGCAAAGCAGACCAAGAAGAAGGCCAAGAAGAUCAAGCUCAGCUUUAAUGACGACGGAGACUGA